CCAGUCUCGGUCUCUUGGGACGCGACGUGAGCCACACCGUGGUUGGAGUCCAGCACGUCCUCCCACAUGUCUGCGAUGCCCUCGGUGAUGAGCUUGGGAAUGUUGACCCACCUCUUCUCGCGCGAAGAUGGCUCGCUCUUUUCAUCCUCGACGUCGCUACCGUACCGACGUUGAACGUGGGCCAUUUCGAGGGCGAGCGCUCGACGGUCCACCGAUCCAUCGGAGUUUGUCAUGAUGCCGCGGCUGUUGGCUGCUGCUCGGCGGUGCAUGGGCAUAGUGAUGGCGCGCUUCUCUGGCGAGGCCUCAGCUGGUUGGGAGGCCGAGAUGGCGCAAAGGGCGAACGCCACGAGAGCAGAAGAGACUGUCGUCAGCUGCAUGGUGUUGGAUGCUGUGAAGUGGGAAAGAAUGCAGCGAAUGUUGAAAUGGCUGAUUGCGAUCUUGACCAAUCGACGAGAUAUGGGGGGCAAAAGCGUACGAGAGUUGCAGAGCAGGGACGUAGAAUGCAAAAGGCUGGACAGUAGAUGCCAGGAUUUGGAAGUGCUGAUACAGGGCUUGAAGAUUGAAAUGCCGAUAGAUCAGAGUGUGAGACGGAGACUGAACAGUAUGAAUGAGUGAAUGCGCGCAGUUAAGGACGAUCGAUUGUGAUGGGCGUGAGCAGACUACAGACUCGCUGACGACUGUGGCAAGGCCUCGAGAGUGAAUGCGAGAACGAAGCCAGACAAGCCCGUU